AUGUUGAAAAACCCAAAGAAAAAUUCAAAACGUCUGACGAUUGUCACAUCACGAGUAAAUCCAUCGAUAAUAUCUCCCUCGAGCACAAUUUCCUCGAGUUCAUAUUUCAGUCCGCGAAGUCGUAGUCCCUUAACCACGGCGUCUAGCCGCAAUUCCAUGAUAGCAUCAAGUCCUCCUUCGCGCCCUAAUUAUUAUCUACGAGCGGAUCCCACAAGAGAUUUGGUUGACAUAUUGCUGUCAACAUUUCUCGAAGAACAGCUGCACUGCACCACCAACAAGCGGAUCGCUGAAAUACUUGUCGAGUCUAUUGAAAAUCGUGGCGAAACUCCUAGGAAUAUAUACCUUUGGUUGAUAAGUUAUCAAAAUAUACUUAAAUACAAAAGUCUUCUUGGUUUCUUUCUAUUGAUGGAAAUUGGAUGCGAAAAGAAUAUGCUUAAGGCCUUUGCUCUAUUUCUUGCUGCUGCAAAGAAAGAUUUUAUCAUUGCCCAAGAGAUGGUAGGGGAUUGUUAUUAUUACGGAUGGGGAACUCAAGAAAAUUAUGAGAUGGCAUUCCAUUGGUAUGGAAAGGCGGCAGGGAAUGGAAGCGCCUACGGUUAUCACGGUCUCGGUUUCUGUUAUGAGUACGGCCGAGGAACGUCAAUAUGUUUGCGCAAAGCUUUUGAAUGCUACAGGACGUCGGCUAGAAUGGGAAGUCUUUAUGGGAUGAGCGAUGUGGCCAGGAGAUACCAAAGGGGAAUCGGAAUCUCCAAAAGCCUGGAGCAAAGUAUUUAUUGGUAUAAAAAGGC